CAGUUCUCCUCCAGCAGGCGAAGGUUCCCCCGGCACCAGCGCAGACCUGUGAGCUUUUGAGUAGCAGUGUGUGGCUGGUCCUUUGUGUUUAGGUGCGUAAGGUUUGAAAAUGCUCGUGCUAUUUGAAACCCCCGCGGGUUUCGCCUUGUUUAAAGUAUUAGAUGAAGGAAAGAUAUCUAAAGUUGAUGACUUGUGGAAGGAGUUUUCCACAUCAGAGUCAGCUAGACAGAUAGUGAAGCUGAAAGCCUUUUCCAAGUUUGAGAACACAGCUGAAGCCUUGUCAGCAGCAACCUUGUUGAUUGAUGGCAAGCCCACCAAGUCUCUUCGUAAAUUUUUGCGUGCUCAUUGCGAUGGAGAGUCAUUAGCCGUGGCAGACUCAAAGCUUGGAAAUGUGAUAAAAGAAAAACUGCAAAUCGACUGUGUUCACAACAAUGCAGUGAUGGAGCUCAUGAGAGGGUUAAGAAGUCAACUAACGGAACUGAUAUCAGGGCUCCCUGUUCAAGAUUUAGCUCCAAUGAGCUUGGGUUUAGCUCAUAGUUUGUCAAGAUAUAAGCUAAAAUUUAGUCCUGACAAGGUAGAUACAAUGAUCAUUCAGGCUAUUGGUUUGUUGGAUGAUCUUGAUAAGGAGCUCAACACAUAUGCAAUGAGAGUUCGAGAAUGGUAUGGUUGGCAUUUUCCAGAGCUUGCAAAGAUUGUUCAAGACAACAUUCUCUAUGCCAAGGCUGUGAAGCUAAUGGGGAAUCGUGAAAAUGCUGCAAAGUUUGAUUUCUCGGAGAUAUUGCCAGAAGAGGUUGAGACAGAACUGAAAGAGGCAGCCGUGGUGUCCAUGGGGACUGAAGUCAGUGAGCUUGAUCUGAUGAAUAUUAGGGACCUCUGUGAUCAAGUGUUGGCUCUUUCAGAGUAUAGAGCUCAACUAUAUGAUUACUUGAAAAGCAGAAUGAACACCAUUGCUCCAAAUCUGACUGCUCUUGUUGGAGAGCUUGUUGGUGCUCGCCUUAUUGCUCAUGGGGGCAGCUUGCUUAAUCUUGCCAAGCAGCCUGGAAGCACGGUUCAGAUCCUGGGUGCAGAGAAAGCCCUGUUCAGGGCUCUGAAGACAAAACAUGCUACUCCCAAAUAUGGGCUGAUCUAUCAUGCAUCUUUAAUUGGUCAGGCAGCUCCAAAAUUGAAGGGAAAAAUUUCUCGAUCUCUUGCUGCUAAGACUGCAUUAGCCAUUAGGUAUGAUGCUCUUGGAGAUAACCCAGAUAAUUCAAUGGGACUAGAGAAUCGAUUAAAGCUUGAAGCCCGGCUGAGGAAUCUUGAGGGAAGAGAAUUGGGGCGGUCCGCUGGGUCGAUGAAAGGAAAACCCAAGAUUGAAGCCUAUGAUAAGGAUCGUAAGGGGGCAGGGGCAUUGAUAACUGCUGCAAAGGCUUACAAUCCUUCGGCUGAUUCAACACUUGGGCGGACUAUGGAAACAGCAAUGGACCAUCAGGAUGAGGAUGCUACUGAAAAGAAAAAGAAAAUGGGAAUUAAAAACACUGACCAGCAAGAUACUGAGGAUUCUGCGGUGGAACCAGGAGAGGAAACCAAAAAGGAAAAGAAGAAAAAGAAGAAAAAGCAUACAGAAACUGAAGCUGAUUUGGAGCCUGAGGAUCAGCACAUUGAACCUGAAGCUGGAGAAAAAAAGAAGAAAAAGAAGAGAAAGCAUACAGAAACAGAGGAGGAAACUGAAGGGAUCAAGAAAGAGAAGAAGAAGAAGAAAAAGAAGAAUGUCGAGUGAAUGUUAGUCAAUAGAUGUAGAAGGUGUCUUUGUAGUCGAGCCAACAAUUUUGAUACUAGGAUACAAAUUGAUGAUUUUUCAUGUAAAAUGUUUUUUUUCCCGUUGGUGACAAUCUUAGGUAACUUAUUUUAUUUCCUGUUUCUUGGUUAUACAUACAUUAUAUAUCAUUGUUACUCAACUCUGGUUGAUCAUUCACUUGU